UAUGACUCAAACUGAGCCAAUGAGGAUCGCUGCACCUAACAGGUCGGCUGACUAUCUUUUAGAAACACAACCUGUCAUAUGUGUUUUCACAGUUUCAGCGCUUUUCUAAUGUUUACGCGCAGAUACCUCUGUGUAGACCUGUAGCCCGACAGCAUUAAAACACGACAAACUGCGCAGCAUCAUGGCUCACUCUUAUAAUCUGCCGUUGACUUUCUUAUUAGUUCUUGUGUGUCAUACUGUGGAGCAGGUGAAUGGAGUUUGGCCACUGCCUCAACAGAUAGAUGUAUCCGCAGACAGAUACAGUUUGAGUCCACAGUUAUUCUCUUUUACAUAUGGAAAGGACUCGGCUGCUCAGAGUGGAUGCUUUGUCCUGGAUGCUGCUUUCAAGAGAUACUUCUCCAUUAUAUUUCCUGACUUCAGUGAUGGACCCGCAUUUGGGCAUUAUCAUAUGUGGUCGGAGCCAAAACCCUUCGUUGUUUCAGUGAGUGUCAAAACCAGAGGAUGUGACGGCUACCCAGAUGAAGAUUCAGAUGAGAGCUAUAACCUGAGUGUGUCUGAAGGCCAAGCUGUGCUGACAUCAAUGUCAGUGUGGGGUGCUUUGAGAGGUCUCGAGUCCCUCAGUCAGCUAGUGUACCAGGAUGAUGAUGACGCUUAUUUUAUCAACAAGACAGAGAUCAUGGACUUCCCACGUUUUGCAUUCAGAGGGCUUUUGCUGGACACUUCAAGGCAUUAUUUACCUCUGCAUGCCAUUCUGAAGACCCUGGAUGCCAUGGCUUACAGUAAAUUCAAUGUCUUUCACUGGCACAUCGUGGAUGACCCCUCUUUUCCGUAUCAGAGUCGCACCUUUCCUGACCUCAGCAAUAAGGGAGCCUUUCAUCCAUUUACUCAUAUCUACACCCAGUCAGAUGUGAUGAGAGUGAUUGAACACGCUAGAAUGAGGGGUAUUAGAGUCGUACCUGAGUUUGACUCACCUGGACACACUCAGUCAUGGGGAAGAGGACAGCCUGACCUGUUGACACCUUGUUACAAGGGAACAGCCCCCUCUGGGUCAUUUGGACCUGUUAAUCCAACACUAGACACCACUUAUAAGUUUAUGGAGCACCUCUUCAAAGAGGUGAAAUCUGUAUUUCCCGACUCUUACGUUCACAUAGGAGGGGAUGAGGUCAGUUUUAGCUGCUGGCAGUCAAAUCCUGAUGUGAGAAAGUUUAUGGAAAAGAUGGGCUUUGGGAAGGAUUUUACCAAACUGGAAUCGUUCUAUAUGGAGAGUAUAAUGAACAUGACCGCUGCUCUCAACAAAACCUCCAUUGUGUGGCAGGAUGUGUUUGACUACCAUGAGAGAAUUCCACAGGACACAGUGCUGGAGAUCUGGAAGGGCACUACUGAAAAAUACUAUGCUGAACUGAGCAGGAUGACCAAGGCUGGGCACAGGGUUCUGCUCUCUGCCCCCUGGUACAUCAACCACAUCAGUUAUGGACAGGACUGGCGUGAUUCCUAUGCAGUGAGGCCCCAAAAUUUCUCCGGCACAGAGGAGCAAAAGAAGUUGGUGAUUGGUGGAGAGGUCGCCAUGUGGGGCGAAUAUGUCGAUGCCACCAAUCUGAACCCUCGGUUGUGGCCAAGAGCUUGUGCUGCAGCUGAAAGGUUGUGGAGUAAUGAAGAGAAAACAUUGAAUGCGGAUCUGGCCUUCCCUCGACUGGAAGAGUUCCGCUGCAAACUUCUGAGGCGGGGUAUUCAAGCGGAGCCUCUGUUUGUUGGUCAUUGUAAGCAUGAGUAUAAUGAUUUGUAGAGAUGCAGUGGAACUGAAGAGGGCUGUUUUUGUGCACUGGAAAUACUGUGUUUGAAUUUGCACAGCAUUUUAAUAAGUUUUUUUUAUUUUUUUUAUUCUAACAAAUAAUUUUCUAUCAUCAUAUAAACUGACUUUCCAACAAAUGUGAAAUUUAUUAAUAAAGAUCAAUGAAAGAAUGCUGGUAUUACUAAAGGAAAUACUAAAAUGACAAUCUCCCAAAUACAGUGGCCCCAAAAAAUAUUUGGACACAUAAGCCACGCCUAAAAAAAGGUUGAAUGACAUUGCAUUCAGUCAGAAUAUAUCUAAACCAAGGGGCAUUUAUUUUAUAAAACAAUUGUACGUACUGUUAAAGACAAAGUGUUUGUUAUGUAAUGCAAUGACAUUUAUAUAUUUUUAAGUGUGGCUUAAUUGUCCAAAUAUUUUUUAGGAGCACUGUAUAUGAUUUUUGAAUAAUAUGAUAGCAUUGAGAUGUCACUGUAAUGGGGAGUCAUUUGGCAGCGCCAUAAUCAUAGUUCUAUCAAGAAGACUUGCAGAUUUGAGUAAAGAUUUAGAUUACAUUUAUUUGAUGAAUAUAAAACAGAAAUGUAACGUCUCUCUUUGGCAUAAGCCCCAUCUGGCAGUCCGAAGAAGUUGUACUCGGAACCAUCAGAUCCUGCCGGAGAUAGGAAGCAGGGGUGAGGACCCUACCCCCGUGCAGGACGGGACUCAGCUGGUGGUGGUGGGGUGGUGGAGGUUGCCGUGUUAGCACACUGAAACAGCAAUGUGAUAGAAUGCGAGCAGACUUAUAAAGCAAUGGCUACCAUGUGAUUGGCUAGGAGUUACCUAGCUAAUGGUGCGAUGAUGUACAGCUAGUCUUCCUGCUAGGACUAAGCUGCGCUUACAUUUCUAAAAGUUCAAUUCAUAACUUAAAUGGUUGAUUUCAUAAUUUGAUUAGCAAAUGAUGACUUCCUAUUAAAACUUUAGUGAAUACAAAUGUACCUGAUGUGUAGUGAACAGUGCCAGCAUUGGGUAAAUGGCUGAUGUAAAGUAGCUACACAUUUAAUGAAAUCGCACACCAAUCCUGUCUCAACAGCUACACAGAAGCAGAUCCUAUUAACUCUGAUGGGGUUUACACAUGAGAUAAAGUAGGACAUUGAGAGGUGUGAAAGGCCAAAACUAUUAGCUACUAUUCAUACAGACACGGUUAAGAUAGCAACUUUUGGAUUGCUUGUGGUAUUAUGCUUAGGUAGAAGUUUUUUUCUGGUCACUCUUUUAAAUAAAGUAGCAUUUGUUAAUAUUAGUAAAUGCAUUAAGUAUCAUGAAUUAACCAUUAUCAAUAUAUUUUUACAGAAUGUAUUAAUCUUGGCUAUUUUAUAUGUAUUUAUAUAUUUAUAUUUAUACAAACAUAUGUAUAAAAAUAUGUAUACAAAUUCAAUUGUUCAUUAUUAGUUAAUGUUAUUUCAUAAUGCAUAAACUAACGUUAGCACAUACAACUUGUAGUAUAUGUUAAAAUGAACAUUAACCAAGAUUAAUAAGUACUGAAAAGUAUUGUUUAUUGUUAGUUCAUUUUAAGGAAUGUAGUUAACUAAUGUUAACAACUACAACUUUAUUGUAAAGUAUGUUGUUGUUUUCUUUAAAUACUACUAGCUCAAAUGGUGCACCUAUUUGUGCAAAAAAGCUGUGCAUCUACAAGUGCAAAGAAAAAGUUUUUACUCACUUGAUCAGUUCAUUCUUCCAAUGUUUUAUGUUUUCACCUAUUAAAAAGAUAUUACAAUUGUAGGUAACACUUUACAAUAAGGUCCCACUUUAUUUAACAGUGUUCACAUUGUAAAUACAUUAGAUAUGAGCUAACAAUGCACAAUAUUUUAACAGCAUUUAUUAAUCUUUGUUAAUGUUACAUUAUAAAACUACAUUUGUUCAUUAUAGUUCAUGGUAGUUCAUAUUGAAUUAACUGUAUAACAAACAAUUUUGGAAUUAAAAUACAUAUUUGUACAGUAUAUGGUAAAUGUUCACAUUAACAAAGAUGACUAAAUGCUGUAAAAGUGCUGUUCAUUGUUAGUUAAUGGUAACUAAUGUUAACAAAAACAAACUUAUAGUAAAAUAUGACCAAAUGUUAA